AAAAGGAGAGGACGAUUUUCACCGUGCGCCAUCUCUCUCUGUCCCCGAAAGUGGCAGUGGUUCCUCUUGUAGAAUCGUAGAAUGUAGAGUGUCAUCGGCGACUUUAUAGGAAGUACAACAAUUGUCGGUGAGAUAUCAAUGACAACGUGAUACAAACGAUAUACGUCUUAACUUCUUAAAAGAGCUCGUAUGUAGCAACUCGUCGAUACUCGACACGAUUAUAUUGUUUCCAAAUAUUCGUCCGCGCGAUUGUGACGAAACGGAGCUUAGUGAAACAGAAAGACUCGUACGCAAAGGUUAGUAAACAGCUGAUGUGUCUAUCUGGGACGAGUCACGGUUGACGGAGAUGUCAUUCAAAAUCGGUCAACGUGUCGAGGUACCUGUGAAGGAAUGUCAAGGCGUGAUAGCCUACGUCGGUCACCCGGCCUUUGCAUCAGGCAAAUGGAUCGGCGUGAUACUCGACGAGCCGAAAGGGAAAAACAACGGCACUGUCAAGGGCCAGAUGUAUUUCAAGUGUGCAGAAAAUCAUGGCAUGUUUGCGCGCCAAACUCAACUUAUUUUGCUGGAUGAGGCUGGUAAUAGGACAGAGCCUAUCAGCCCAUCAUCAGCAGGUAGCAGUGCCACAACACCAGAUGACAGUGCUGCUAGAGCGAGGAGUCGCCUAAAUAGCAUUAGUAUGCGUCGAAGGAAUGAACCUACAGCUGUGCGGAGAAAAACAUCUCCUGCGAAUGUUACUCGUCAGCAAUCUGACAAGCUUUCUGGUUCUCGAUUAUCCUUGACUGGAAGUAGAACAUUAUUAAGUGCUCCAAGCACAGAAAGUCUAACUGGAUCACUGCAUGAACGUAGAGAUGGCGGCGAGUCAUCAAUUCCAGCACCAACUUCAGCUUCAAAGCGUGCCUCAUUUAUUGAGAAGUCCCCUAGCACGAGCUCGCCUCCCGGCAAAAAGCCAAAGGCCCAAGAUGAUCACAAUAAUACAGGUUUUGUAGAAACGUUGAAACCACAAUUCGUACCCGGUCAGGUGAUGGCAGGUUCGGCAGCGGUUGCGAAUCUAGUGGAAGAAAAAUUAUCACACUUGCAACUUGUACAAGAAAAUGAUAACUUGAAAUCUCAGGUACGCGAUCUUACUGAGAAAGUAGAAACGCUGCGUGUAAAACGAAUGCAAGACAAGGAAAGAAUGAAAGAUUUCGAAAAAACAAAACUUCAAGUCGAACAGCUUCUUGAAUUCAAAGCUAAAGUCAUGGAAAGUCAAGCAAGUCUUCAGAGAGAACUUCAACGAGCUCGACAAGAAACUAGAGAAGCUCACGCGGCGAGGGAACAAUAUCAGGAAGAAAUGGCGGACCUUGCAGAGACUGUGGAAAUGGCUACAUUAGAUAAGGAAAUGGCAGAAGAAAAGGCCGAAACCCUACAAAUCGAAUUAGAGCAGCUCAAGGAAAAGUUGGAGGAACAAACAUUGGAUCUGGAAAUAUUACGUACAGAAAUGUCCGAACGGACAGCCGGCGGCGGAUCGGCCACGGGGGCCUCUAAUUACGAAGUGAAACAAUUGGAACAGCAGAACAAUAGGCUACGUGAAACACUUGUGAAAAUGCGCGACUUGUCAGCGCAUGAGAAACACGAAUUUCAGAAACUACAAAAGGAAAUGGAUCAGAAGAAAUCUGAGAUUUUGGAAUUAGGACGUACGAAGGAGAAGUUGUCGGCUCGUGUCGAAGAGAUGGAACAUCAGAUAGCAGAUCUACAGGAACAAGUCGAUGCGGCAUUAGGAGCCGAAGAAAUGGUUGAGAUGCUAGGCGAAAAGAAAAUGGCGUUGGAGGAGAAAGUGGCUGAACUAGAAGAAGCUGUUGCUGAUUUGGAAGCUCUGCAAGAUAUGUCUGAUCAACUAGCCGAAUCAUCCAAAGAGUUAGAGUUGGAGCUUCGUGAGGAGUUGGAUCUUGCUCUUGGAGCAACGCGCGACGCUCAACGGCAUCGAGACGCCGCGCUAGAGACUCUCGCGGAUCGCGAAUUAACCAUCACGAAAUUUCGCGAACUCACGCAUCAAUUGCAAGAACAAUGCUUGCAGUUGCAGCAACGAGUUCAGUCGACAGAAUCCACUAAGACUAAUGUUCGAGGUACGGAUCAACAACUCGCAGAGAUACUAGACUUCCAGAAAACGUUCGCUGAAACUCGAGCGCAAACUAAGGCAGUCGAUCUCGAGCUACGUCGAUUGGAUGCCGAUGAGGCGCGGAAUCACGUACGCUAUUUGUUAUCUUUUAUGCCACCGGCAUUCUUGGUUCGUGGUGGAGAUCACGAUGCGAUAUUAACACUCUUAUUGAUACCAAGAAUGACGAAGAAAACAGAGAUAUUGAUUUCGCAAGUUCGAGAGAAAUAUAGAUCUAUCGAGAAAAUAGAUAGAGCUUCGGUAGUGAGAGGUCAUUCGGUGGCGCAAUACUCGUUCAGAUCUCGUUUAUGUUCACAUAUGUACGCCUUACAAACGACUCUGAGCUGUUUCGAAUCGGCUUUGAACUCGUGUAGUCCGGAAAUGUUACUCAAAGCGGGCGCGGCUUAUCCGGAAAUGGCUGCGCAAGAAAAGUCCUUGGAUUCAUUAAUCGAGCUGGCUAAGAGAGAUCAGUUGGAUGAGAAUUUACCGAUGGACGCGAUAGAAAAAUGUUGCACCUACUUUGCCACGAUGUUCUUUGUGCUUUUCGGCGAAAGCAUGUCUGUCAAUCAAGCACGUCUGAUAGUCAAUGGUACGAGAACAUUAAGCAACACGUGCGACGCCAUCGUCACUGACGCUACGGCAAUCAAAGCGUUAAUACAAGGAGAGGGUGGUGAUAUAGGUCUGCUUUGUCAACACGUCGAAACGACGUGCGAGGUAAUCCAGCAACACUUGAAGUCGGCUAGAAGACGAGUACCACGGGAUCAGGCUGGUCCAGCGUUUUCCGUAGGCGCCAAUUUAGGAUUAGAUAAAGAUUGUAACGAACAAUUUUCGACAUGUUAUCAACAUGGUGUGAAAAUUAUGAAGACCCUUCAGUAUCUAUUGAAAAGCGCUUUGCAAGCUAUUAUUGAAAAUGGCGAUUUGGACACAGGACUCACCGCUGACAGAUUGAAAGAGAUGGCUGCGACAUCCAGCGAAAAAGUGUAUGAUACGGAAGAUCUGGGACCUGUGGCCACUAUCAAGGCUAGUUUGACAGUAAUACAGCAAUUGGCGGCGAAUCUCGCGCAAAAAAUGGCCGAAUGUGAAAACGAACUGGCCAUAAGUGGACAUACACAGAAUCAGCAACACUCUAAAGACAGUGAGCUAAUAAUGCCAAUUGUAUCUAGAGCGAAUGCAGUGAGAAAAGAGUCGGAAGAAACAAAAAUACUCAGCAGAAAACUCGAAGCAAGAGAUAGCGACAUACGCGAAGCGAGAUUAGCUCUGCGAGAGAAGCAAGAAGAAUUGUCCGAGAUGACAUUGCGGAAGGAAUUGGCCGAAAAACGUUUCGCGACGCAACAACACGAACACGAGAUGAACGUGGAGAAAUUGAAGAGAAAAUUAGAAGAAGCGCAAAAUCAAUUGAAACGCAAGGAAAAAGAAUUUGAAGAGACAAUGGAUCAUCUUCAAACCGACAUCGAUAGUCUGGAAACGGAAAAAGGGCAAUUAAAAGAGAAAUUAAAGUCAAUUGGCAAAAAAUCAAUAUCAGUGUCUGGAGCUGAUAGUAUGUCAGGAAGCACUUUGAUAACGAAUGCUUUGGACAACAAAUAUUAUGUACAAGAGAUAUACGCUCUUAAGGAAGCCUUGAAUAACGAACAUCAGCAGAAAAAGAAGAUAUUGUGCGAUGUUUUGCGUCAAAAAUUAGAUAGCUUAGAACCAUUGUCGUCACCAACAAAUCUGAAAUCUCUGGAUUCAACAAUUCAAGGAUUGAGAAAGAAAACUACUGAUCUCGUUAAGGAUAUCGAGAAAACUCUAGUUUAUCCGACAGUUCCCGAUCUGCGGCGUAAGGUUCCCGAAAUGUCUUAUCAUUACUUAUUGGAACGGCGUAGAAACAUUAUGCAGUUGAAGGCCCGAGCUGAUGAGUUAGCUGCCCAAGUACGUCGCGAAGCAAUCAAGCGUACGCCGGGUGGAAGAGCAGAAGCGAAUUUCGCUGUGCAUCCGAAUCGCGAGAUGGCGGCAGCAAUGCAGCAACGCAGAUUACUCGCCGCCGAAAUAAAGAUUCCUUACAAUGGCCCAGAAAAAUCCUUCUCUGUCAAUGUAGGACCGCAAGAACUUAGGAAAAUUCACACUCUACUGUAUUAUUGAGUAUUCGCGCUUCGUUACUUAUUUCUUGACUACGAGGUAUGUGUGAUCAUAAAAGUCUGAAGACUUAUUAUGCACAAGGGACUAUCUUUUUCUAAUCAUUUUUUCAUGGUAGUAAUAUUUUUUAUUGUAUACCGUACCUUAUCCCAUAAAAGAAAAGUUAAUUAUACAUGUUAUUAUGAAAAACUGUACAUUAAUUGGGCUUUUGUACGGAAAACUCGUGCUUGUAUUCUCUUGUAUCGAUAUGAAAUGGGUACAAAAGGCAAAUUUAGUAAUUCGUAAUUUGCACUUGUGCAAUGUUUAUUUAUUUCUGAUGAGCUACAGCGCGAUGACCGGUACAUCGCGACUGGGAAGCUUUCUCCAGUGUUCGUUCACGUUUAUAAACGCAAUGUUGUAUUUAGUAUUAACAAUUCAGAAAAGAAAUCAUGUCUCCGUGGCUUUUUUUUCGUAUUAUAUAUAUAUAUAUAUAUAUAUAUAUAUAUAUAUGUCUUUAUGAAUUGUCAAAUAUAUGGUCUAAAAAUAUUUACAUAAGUGUAUUCUUUGUAAAUGUACACCCUAAAUGGUGAUGGUAUCACAACAAUAGAAAGUAGCGUGAUCUUUAUAGAAUAUAUUCCCACGCCAUUUACCUUGACCAAACAUAUCCAUGAUAAACAUCAUAUACAUUUUCACUGUUGCCAUAUGUCAUACGCAACAGUCAAUCAUAAAUUAUUACCAAGAUUAACACACACAUUUUUUUGAUGGAACAAAUAUUUAUAGUACAAUAUUCCAGUUUUGUUUUAUUUAUAUAGAGAUAAAAGGAGCAGUAAACUCUUGAUAUAUUCCUCAAAUAUUUAUGAAAUAAGGUAUGCCUCUUAAUUAUACUGUCACAAUUUUAUUAUACAUACAGACAUGUAUAUAUGUGUAUAUGUAUAUACAUAUAUACAUAUUAUGAUAUAUUUUAUAUACGUAUGUACAUACACACAUACAUACAGCGGAUAGUAUUUAAUUAAGUGCAUAUAUCGUUAGUUAUUUCAUUAACUUAUUCGCCCAUUCAUUCUCACAGCAUGGUGAUGCGCACUUUUACACUUUCAUUUAUUCUCUGUAAUAAUAAUUAAAUCACGCAUUCAUAAAUCGAGAGGAUGGUUAUUGAUAUAUUUUUCAUGUUUUCAAAGAAAAAAAAAUAAUAAAAAAAAAAAAAAAACUGUCCGCCAGACGUGUGUAAUCCGCUUUUUUAAAUGUAAUAAGCUUUACAACUUCAAUUGAAUUCGUCGCAGUUCGUACUUAAGGCUGACCGGACGACUGGUAGUAUCUUCCACGACGAGGACGUGUGAUACAUACUAAUUAUUAUUCAUUAUAGGUAUAUGAUCGUAAACAGCUUGUUUGGAACUAAUGUCCGCAUUCACAUAUUCUGGACGUGAAAGAGUUUAACAGCUAAUUAAUGCAACUAAGAUUUUAAAUGAGAUAAAAGAAACGAUAGAGUUCCCUAGUAAUCGUCGAUAUUGGUAUUUUGACUGUUUGAGACGACGUUUCUCUCGAUGUGUAUGUGUAUACGAAGAACGCUUGUUGGUCAUGAAGUAUAACGAAGUCCUUUAAUGUGUGUAUACAAAAUAUCAAACUUAAUCUUGAAGCAACAGCACGUAAAACAGCUACUGCACAGUCUAUUAAAACUAUAUUAUAUACGGAAGAAUUGUUCAGCUAGAGAGCCUCAGUUACAGGAAUACUUUUUCGAACGAGAGAUAAAAGUCUUUAUAUAUUUUCUAAAUAAAAGUAAACCUGUAACUAUUUGAACCUCCCACUAUUUGCAAAGUUUCUUUUUCUCUUCAGCGACAAUUUUAUGCAUCAGUAAUUCAUGAUAAAUGUACUCACAGACAGAAAGAGAGUGAAUCGAGGGAUAUUUCUAUGAUAAAGUCGUUUGUUCGUUUCUUGAUGGAGUAAGAUUCGUUACUCAAUAUAGUACUCGGUACAUACUUAAAAGUUAGUUUGUUGUCUUAACAUUAAGGUAUCUUUAUCAUUAACUUUCAAUAUUAUAUGGGGGAGAGUAGAGGGAGACAAUAUUGUGUUUAUUCAUAUAAAAAAAAAGUGUUCAAAAGAUAUCAAAG